AUCGAGUGAAAAAACCUACAGGGUAGAGAAAUUGCGAGUCACACUCAAACGUCUGAAUUCUUUCAGUAAAAUUACGAUAUUUUGAUUUUCAUUUUCAUAGUAUUAGUAAUGAUGAGCACAGACUUAGACUGACAACGGAUCAAGCGAUUUGUGAUUAGAGCUAGGUCGUAGAGCUAGAGUUAACUUAACCGCUCACGUAGUCGUAGUUCUUGAAGAUCGAACAAAGUAGAUAUAAUAUUAUAAAAUAUAUGUUCCAGGGCGCGGGGUGGGGCCGUGCGCCCUGGACCCCUUUUUCAGGCGUCUGCCGGGGGUGGAAGGCCUCAAAAGAGGGCCAACGGGCUGCCUCCGCUUCCUUCCAGCUGCUUGGCUGUCCCCUAGAGGUCUGCGACGUAGGUGGAAGGCCUCCGGAAGGGCCCAAGGGGCCGCCUUCGCUCCCUUUCAGGUGCUUGGUUGUCCCCUAGAGCGAGGCCUCCGAAGUAGGCGGAAGGCCCCAAGAGGGGCGCAAGGGGCUGCCCCCGCUUCUUUCCAGCUGCUUGGCUGUCCCCUAGAGGCCUCCGACGUAGGUGGAAGGCCUCAAGAGGGGGCCAAGGGGCCGCCUCCGCUUCCUUCCAGCUGCUUGGCUGUCCCCUAGAGGCCUCCGACGUAGGUGGAAGGCCUCAAGAGGGGGCCAAGGGGCCGCCUCCGCUUCCUUCCAGCUGCUUGGCUGUCCCCUAGAGGCCUCCGACGUAGGUGGAAGGCCUCAAGGGGGGGCCAAGGGGCCGCCUCCGCCUCCGCCUCCGCUUCCUUCCAGCUGCUUGGCUGUCCCCUGGAGGCCUCUGACGUAGGUGGAAGGCCUCAAGAGGGGCCCAAGGGGCCGCCUCCGCUGCCUUCCAGCUGCUUGGCUGUCCCCCAGAGACCUUCCACCACCGAGUUCCACCACAGACCACACCACAGGGGGGGACCAUCUGGCCCCGAAUCAUAUAUCCAUAGCGCCUAGAUUAUUUAUCGUUAUGGAACAGGACUAGUAGAUGUAGAUCCAUCGUUUUGAUAUUCUUUGAUGUAAAAGUGUCGCUGUUGAUCUCGAUGCCGCCCCGAUAGCAGUACUAGAAGCUAGAAGCAAGUGGAUACAAAACGGCAUCGUCUCCUUAAGUAAAAAAACUCACGGCAAGCCACUACAACUACAGCACUCAACAAGGAUUACUAAGACACCUGGAUUAGGCUUGUUGACUGUCCGCAAUUCUGUUUGUUCUCGACCUCAAGUGCGAUCUCGAUCUCUGUUCGAUUUUGUUUAGUUAAUGUGGAAAGUCGUCUGAUUAGAAGAAGUCGUUGCAUUUGUAUUACCACUUUUGGUGCCACGGAAAAAUAGUCGUAUAUCAAACACCACAAUCCUCUUGUGUACUAAACAACAACGAGUAUACUCAUUAAUAUAACAUACUGCUGGUUUGAAGCUUCGAGCUAGUACAUAAAAUUUUGACCAAGGAUCAACAGGAUGAGUGCUGCUAACGGUUCGCUGGAUGUUGCCCAAACCGGGACCAGGUCGCCGAAUAAAGUCGAGCUUUUUCCCGGUCAGGUAUUUUGCUACCCUUUGUCUUGCUUACAUGACAUAAUUGACUGUCGCUCGAAGUGCGCAACUGCAUUUGACAACUGACACAAUUGAAUGGAAUGGUCUAUCUUUGAUUUUUGGGGUGAUCUUCAAUACCAUGAAAAUGUGAUAGUGAUCCUUAUACUGGCAUAAGAUUACCGUGUGAAAGUUCUCAAGAAACGCAUCCGUAAGAAGAACUCUUUUGAGCUUAAUAUAGCUUGUCUUAAAUUGAACUACAGGACAUCCAGUAUGAAAUGGACUUCAAGUUCGAUCCGAACGUGCCCAAAGGCGCGCUGCGUUGUAAGCCGGCGAAAAGUAGAAAAGAUAUCCCCAAGGUCGACACCACAAUUUUCGCGGGUCAUGCUAAAGGCGUGCGCAACCAAGAGUUUCCGCAGUCGACCCUGACACGAAAGGAAGUCGCGGCAGAGGCUAAACGGUAUUCAGACGAUUUGGCGCACGAGUUUCGCGCACUCGCUGAACACAACGCCACGGAUUAUGUCUGGAUAAGUUGCAACUCAUUUCAUUUUUAUUUUAGUGCUACUGUGAUAGGACAAAUAUUUGAUUCAUCCUCAUAGUGCCGGUAGUGUUGGUAGACGUGGAAAUAGCUUGCAAGUUGUACUUUUCUUCAUCGUUUGUCAGAGUGAGUCAGAUGACGGAAUCACUUUCAUGCGCUAAUCUUCAUCCUCGGCUAUGUGGGAGUACAAAGUCGAGGAGGCUGAUUUACGGAAAGUGCUGCUUUCUGGCAUAGACUACAAGUUUCUCGCCGAUGUAGUAGACCAAACGGCUCAAAAUCUGCGUGAGGCCAGGCUGCUAGUCCUGGCAGCAGAAAGCCCUACAACAGGAGGAGGCAAAGAGGACUCGAGUGGGGGAGGCAACGCCUCAGGCGAGGGCAGCAAGAAGAAGCAGUGGGAAGUAGAUCGCGUAGUCAUCGAUUUGAAUGAUUGUUGUACUCCGGUGGAUGUCUUGGGCGCCUUCGUCGCAAGACUCAAGGAGGAAGAAGUCGAACUACCAGAAGUCGACUUCGUCAUACGCUUCCAGUCAUGCGCGAUGGACCUAGCAAAUCAACGCUACGCAGGUGGCGCAGGAGGUAAAAAGUCGACUUGGUGGAAGUAUACGAUGGCGCAGCGACUGACAGUUCCGAACUUUAGGGCUUGACUAGAUAGUGUUGUAGUUUUUGGAUACAUCGUUCUUGGUUGCUAGGCUGUCAUCAAUCGCAAAGACUGUAGUUGCAUCAGUGUUGCCCUAAUUUUUUUCUUAACAGAAGUUUUCAGUCGCAUCUUUUCUGCUCGUAAAUUGAUCAUAAUUAUUGUAUAUUUUGCUUGAUCUUGCGGUUGUGCUUCAUCGUCUAGUAUUUUUAGGUGCCUGGCCGUUGUGCUUCAGGAUUCUCGCAGGGUAAUUAAAUGUUCUUAUUGCGAGGAAUAUAGACCCAGGUCCCAAAAAAAAAAAAUUGCCAGCGGCAGCGUGAAUGAAUGAGUGCGUGAUCUUCUAUCUGCGCGAGCGGUUAUAUUUCCUCAUCCUCCUCUUCAUGCUCCGGAACGGUCAGCCCCGGGACAUCGUCUGCUUGUCUUCGCGACCGUAUCCACGCCAGAACCUUAAUUCGACCACUUGGCAGCUGCAUCGUAUCAUGAUCGGAGAGAAGGAGAAGCAGAUCGUCACGGAGCAAACGGCGAAAGAACAAACCACACAGUACGUCCAUGCGUUUUACGUCAGAUCCCUACGCGCUUUGGUGUAUGGUUUCGUGGAUGCGGCCCAUGCUGGUUUUCCAGUAUGCUUCGACGCUCAGCUCGAACCAGAAAAAUACUCCCUGAAGCCAGGCGACAACGCCAAACAGACGAUUAUCAACGGCUGGAUUAAAGGCGCUAAGUUUCUCGUACAAGCAAAGUGGAACGCUCAAAACAUCGAGGAAGUCCUUACCGUUCCAGUCAAAUCCGUGCAGAAAUUUACUGGGAUUGUCGUACUUACUAGAAGACCUAAAUAAAGGUCGAGACUCACUCUUAAUGCUAAUGAUAAUGUAGAGUCCUUAUGCUCGGCCGCUGGCUGUUGCUCUACGUAACUUACUUCUUGUUGGCUGUGGUGCAAUCGUCGCUACUUUCUUCUAACCUCGAUUAUGUUCUUUUAUUCCUCUCCCCAUUUUCCAUUUACAGGACGGCUCGGCGCCGGCAACAUCCAUCAGCGUCAAGCGUUGGCUAAACUACGAAUUGCUCGAAUUCCCAGAGAAAAUCGCGGAUUGUGUAAAACUAAACGCGGAAUUUGCCGAUGUUCAUUUUCCGGAAGCUGAGCGGGACAAGUUUUGUAAGGAUUUGGCGGAGAAUAUAUUGAAGAUUCGGGAUGCGCUAGACAUGAAGGAGCAGGAAAAUGAUUUGAAGGCCUGGAGAGUUGGCUUCGCCUACGCUUAAGGCGCCACACUUGUUGAGUCUAUUAGAGACCGGCGCAGUUUGUCAGAAUAAGCAUGAAAGGGAUCAGCUCUAUGCAGCUACAGGCGUAGGGUAGAGCAAGAUAGUGCAUAGCUCAUCUGAUGACCCCCAUAGAGUGCUACUUGUUUCGUUAUCCGCUUUAUGCUCAACACUUACACUGACCACAAGUAUUUGCGUUUCUGGCUCUAAUGUCCACUCUGGUUCGAGGAUCCCCCUCAAGCUGAUGGAGCAGGAAACGGCAGCGGGGGCACAUCUCCAAACGGUCGCAGAACAAUCCAGCCGGUGGUGAUGACGAGCGGAAAGCACCUUGUGCUAUGGAAUCCGUGGCCCGAUAAGGACGACGCAUCAUCUGGCAUCGAGAAACUGAACAACAGCCGCAAUGUAGAGCUGUUUUCCAAAAAUGACGCAGAACGAGCUGGCCUUCUCGUUCGCACCAAAGGCAAGGGACACGGAAAGGGUAAAGGCGGGAAGGGUAAUGGAAAGAGCGGCAAGGGUAAAGGUAAAGAGGGUGGUAGAAGUGGUGGCUUCUGAGUGUCUUCGAAGUCAAUAGUAAAGAUUCUCUUGCGUAAGUAACUAAUGGCUUUGGUUAGUGCUGCUUUUGUAGUCUCCGGGUAUUCUUGUAUCAGUAGGGCGCGCUACCUUAAGAGCUGCGAGACGCGCUUUCCUCGAUCGAUAUGGAUCUUGUGGGAUUAAGGAAGGGCAACGUGUCGACAUGUUCAGUUUUAUCAGAGCACUUUCGUCGCUCUGAGAAGUCGGGUGAAGCUGUGUGAGUGUGAAGAAGAUGUCUGUGGUGCUACCUCGGAAAAUGGAGGUAAGUCUUGCACUUUUCUGCGAUUUUGUACUAGUGCUCGGAGGCAUUAGCCAUCACCAUGUCCUUGUCCAUUCUCCAUCUCCAAACAUUAACAUACAGACUACAAAGAUAUAAUUAGAACUCCGCCUACAAGUAAGGACUUUUUCUUGCUGCUCGCUCAUCAUGUUCAUGUGAGUCCAUGUUCGUGCUUGUUUCUUUGUUAAAGACAUUAUGAGGCGCCUGCAAAAUUGGAAUAUUCGCGCUUCGUCGACAUCUUCAUCGAUUGUCUUUAAUUUAUCGAUCCUGUCGAUUAAAUCUGUCGACGUCUCUAUAGGAAGAUAUAUCAUUUAUUUCAAAGCAAAUGUCGGUCUGGUUUCCCCGUCGAUUAUAGAUGUUAGGCCCUAAAGUCUUUGAUGAACACCAAGGUCCUGAAACCUUUGAGCAGGAAGAUCAUCAGGAUAAGGCUCAAGGAUCGCGAUAAGGCUCCAAGAUCCCACGCAAUUGAUUCCCAUGAAACCGAUGACACCAAUAAGGUCCCCGAUUCAGCUCCCCCCUAAGUUCAUGCAUGUCCCGCACCAAAAACCUUGACCCAUUUGAUUUGCAUGAACCUCAAGACCUUACAGGCUUAGGGGUUUAAGCUUUGGCGUUUGUAUACCAUUCCGAUUAGGAU